AUGAUCUGCCACCACUCUUCUAGAAUAAGGUACGAGGUCUUAGUGAUAGUCGAGGAUCAGUUCUCGCCGCUUUUGCGGGUUCAGUUACAACAUUUGCAAUUUGAAAAAAGUUCGGCCGGUCAAAACUACCUAACAUGUAAUGCAAGUGGUAAUGAUCACGGAAGGACCCACUGCAGCUCUGUGCUGAGCUGGCCUGAUACGGUCCCACUGCGUCACUUUCUGCUCAACAGUUUACACGUCAUUGGUCCCAUUGGCCUGGAAACGGAAGAAUGCCUCGAGUUGGUUGAGCAUAGUACGGUUAUUUUCACCUAA